UUCGCUCACUUUCAUGCUUUCUGCAUUAAUUAUAGUUUUUAAUUUCAAAGAAUUUUUAGCGAAUUAUUCAAAUACUCUUGUGAAAUUUGAAAUUCAUCUUUCAAACGUUCUUUUCUGAGCUGGAUGCGUCGUGCCGCAGGUGUUGUCCGUAUAUUAUCGUGAGCCUUGUGUCUGAAAGCUAGGAUCGUCAAGACUGCGGAGAUCUGCGGUGACGAGCAGCGGUUCCACCAACUCGUCAGGCUGUCCCCAGCUCUGUCCAGACGGAUUAACGAACAGGUGUUGACAUAUCACGGGCAAGGUGUUCUGAAGCGUGGUCGACAGCACGCCUAGCGUUGGCCCUUUAAAGACGUGAAGAAUUUUAUCUGCUAAAAGAGCCUGGAGAACCGCUAACCCUGUAUCAUAAUGGCGCUAUCAUCUGAUCAGUCUAGUGGAGCGGUUGGAACUUCAGGAGAUGAGUCAUCAGGCGGAAUCCACGAGAAGCUUGCCCUGGAAAGCGAAGAAGUUCUGAUAAGAGAAGCUUCGUUGCCGCUGCAUAAUCUCUUCAACGCUGUUAAGGGAAAGCACCGAAUUCGGAUUAUAAAUCCACUGCACUUGGAAUCUUUCAAGGAAACUUUUCGCGAUAAAGCUCCGUCUUCGCAGUCCAUCUUUUUAACGGGAAUCAUUGACGCGCAGCCCGAUGGAACUUUGGACAAGGACAUUAUACAAGCAGUCAAAGAGAAUCGCAUUCCCGUGUAUAUUAUUGACGGUAACCACCGUUUGCGCGCCUUGAAAGAACUUGCUGAAGAAAAGGAUUCGACGUGGUCAGAACAAAGCGAAGUACUUGUGAAAGUGUACAAGCCUUUGUCAAAAUAUGCCGGCAUGCGUCUAGCGCGGCAAAAGGCAGAAUCUGUCAAUAACCAGCGCCAAGAGACUAUAUGGGACCUCUGCCGCUUGUUUCGGGAUAUUUGUUUUAUGCACCAGGAAGAUAUUGGCGAUGAAUCUGUAGAAGUGAAUAAUGAUAAAUCGGUCGUCAUUAACUGCAAUCGAAAAAUUGCUGCCGUUACGUCGAUUCAGAAUGUGAGUGCAUCGCAUCGGUAUUUCUUGGAAUGUGCCAGACUUCCAGCUGAUACGUGGGCCGUUGUGGAAGAAUUCAUGACUGCCGUGGAAAGCGGAGACGGUUUUGCUGACGUUCCUUUUGAAACAGACAAGAGCGAAAAAGUUAAGGUCGAGGGAAAAGUACGUGAAGCUAAGCACCGUGGAAUUGUUUUUAAAGAUAUCAAGACCGUUUUGAAAACCGACGAAGUCAUUAAAAAAGUUUUGAAAGAAGCAAUCGCUCAAAGGAGUUAUGCCCCAGUAACGGCGUUAAAACAAGCAGCCAAAGCAAAAGCUACCGCUACAAAGGCGACGACAUCAACUACCGCUGGAACCAAACGGCCGGUCUCGUCUCCCUCGUCCCGAGCCAAGAAAGUCAAAACUGCUAGUGCCGAUGGAUCAGCUGCGCCGGUUGACGUCGUCGCAAAGAUUUCUCCACCCAAGACUGACACUGUGGAUUCUCGACCAAGCGACUUAGCUAAAGAACUGGAAACUGUCCGUAAAGAGAAGGAGGAAGCGCUGUCCAGUUUUGAGAAAGAACAUAUGUCCGCUAACAACCUCACUAAAGAACUGAAGAAAAUGCGUGAGGCAAGAGAUGAAGCGCUUUCAAACCUACAGAAGGAGAAGACCGCUCUUGUCACCAUAUCGGAAGAAUUGGUGAACCUACGAAAAGAGAAAGAGGAAAUGCUUGCAAAACUUCGGGCGAUAGAGGCAAGCAGCGCUGGACAAAGUUCUCCAACGCCGUCCGAGGGCAGUCGACUCCCAUUCAUGCGGCUCGAAAAACAGUUCGCUCAUUCAAUCGUGAGUUCCGUACGGCACAUGUGCUUCCUGGAUGGAAAACGUACCCUGUAUCAUGAUGGUCAAAUCGAUCGCAUUACACAGAUGAUCACCACCGAUUCGUUCGGCAUUUUGGAGAAAGGAAAACGAGACUACUCUAAACAGGAACGGGUUUCUCUUCACAAAAAUGAGGUUUAUUUUAUUGAUAAAACCUGGUACAAGUACAAGUUGGGAAUUGUCAGCAUUGAUAUCGAAAAAUUCAGUGAGAUUCUCGAAUAAUGCGAGCAAAUUGUUGAUUUGAUGCCCUGUUAGCACUUUGUUCUUUAGUUUGAAUUUUAUAUGUAUAUGCUAGACUUUCAAUAUUUUGUUGAGCUUUUUUAUGUGAAACUUGAAUGUAUACUGUUGUCAGGUAAAUUUUGUAGUAGCACAUCCCGCUCACACUGUGCGGAAUAAAUCAACGAUGGGUAAUUACAUACUGAAAUCAGUUUUACGAAAUGUGGUCUUUCAUUGCCUGAUUCUCUUUUGGGGGAAAAUAUCCGGUAUGAAAUGAUGAUUGAAAAUCUCUGGAUAGUCGUCGUUUCGUUGACAGGGACUAUGACGACCACAAAUGUUUCGCUCGAUCGGGAGCAGGCGAAAACGAUAACGCUUAUUAUGGAAGCUGUCAGCUUUGCCGAGGCCACAAACAAAAAGCGGGCACGGAAAUCAAAUUGUGCUGUGCUAGAUGAAAACGAUAAUCCGCCCAAAUUUAACGAUUCUGUUUAUGUAAUGGCUACACCGGUUUACGGCAAAAAAGGUUUACUUGUGGGAAAGUAAUUAAUGCCUGAACCUAUCAUGAUUUAAGCGCUGAUUAAUGAUUAUAAAAUUAGUAUAACAAAUACGCGAUAAAUUGUUAGCUGAUUUAUAUUAAUUUUAUUAUGCUUUUUAGGUGACCGCAACCGAUGCGGACGAGAGGAAGAAGGGUGUAAUAAGUCUCAGUGAUUUUAAACCAGCCGUUAAUAUCAAUAAACUCUUCCACCGGCGAUGCGAGUUUGGCGAAGGAUUUGACCGAAAAGGAGUUAACACAGGAACUUUCGUAUACUAUUCGUGCGAGCGACAGUGGUAACAUCAGCCUGCAUUCCGACGCCGCCGUUCUCCUUCGCAUCGUGGCGGAUACGGUGCCACUUUUCCCGCAAAAUACGUACCGCACCAGUGUAUCGGAAGCCGCCGAAGUCGGGACACUGCUUCUUACUGUCAGUGCGACUUAUGCCGGCUUGGUCAACAUUUCCCGGGAG